CCCUCAUGUAGGUGGAUGGUAAGAGGAUUUGAGGGAGAGGGAGAUGGGAACCGACCGGCGGAGCGCGGCUUGAACCCGCAACCUCAGCGUGCCGUUCAAAGGUCCCGUUGUCAGGCGCUUGCAGAACAAAAUAUUUUGGAAACAAAUGCAAAUAAAUCCCGCGCAGAGAGACUUCCUUAAUGUGUUGUGUAAAGCGUGUGCGGGCGGUCUAUGAGUCAGGUGUCGCUCCUGGGGUUGUAUCUGAAACCUGAUCCCCAGCUGCCUCACCGAUCCACCGCCUAUCUCUGCCCUGUCCUCCGAAGUAGGAAGAGGCUUGAGGGGGGCGAAGCACGGGUCGCAGGAGGGGAUAUGAAAGGGGGGAAGGUGGCCAAGGAAAGAGCGCCUUCCCCGGCUCCACUGCCUCUCGCCAACGGCGGGGGAGAGCAGAGGGAGGCGAGACCCUGGAAGGCGGCGGACGAUGUCGGUCCCCUGGGCAAGGGGCGCAAGAGGUACCGACCUCCGGACGUGAGGACAAUCUUCACCGAGGAAGGAGGGAAGCGAGGCGAGGGACACCGCUUCGAGCCGUCGACGGCUGCAAACGCCUGGUGUGACCUCUGCUGCCUCUUUAUCUGGCAUCUGUCCCUCCAAUGCACAGACUGCAAGUACACGUGCCACACUCAGUGCCGAGACUCGGUCCAACUUGACUGCCAGAAGAGUGGUAAAUCAGUCGAUCACAACUCCUGCUCUGACAAAGUGGUGCAAGAGUCUCUCAGGAAUGAUAGGGAUGCCGGAAAGGAACGGGAACCCCCAAAGACCCUCACCCAGGAAGAACUCAAACAGAAGAUCAAAGCCUAUAACUCCUCGGUUACCGACAGGUUAAAAAUGAGCUUGAACUCGAAUGAAGUAUACACUGGUUUCAUCAAGGUGCAGAUGGACCUUCAGAGACCCAUCACCAUACGAGCCAGGUCAGCUCAGGGCAGGCAAGUGUACAACAGCAGCAAUGAGACGGCCUUCUACUUGCCGAAAGACACCUCCAACACCCUGCAUAUCAGCAGCAGCAACACGGUGAAGGAUGUUAUUGAGGCUCUGCUGAAGAAGUUCACGGUGAUCGACAACCCUGCGAAGUUUGCACUUUUCAAGCAGUAUCUCGUUGGUGACCAAGUCUACUCGAGCAAGCUGUCAGAUGGUGAGCAUCCCCUGUACCUGCGGCUGUUGGCAGGACCUAGCAUGGAUGCUUUGAGCUUCGUGCUGCGGGAAUACGAGACUGGGGAAGUAUUGUGGGAAGCCUUCAGUCUCCCAGAACUGCAAAACUUCCUGCGGAUCCUGGACAAAGAGGAAGAGGAACAGUUCAAGCUGCUGAAAAGGCGUUACGUGACCUUCAGAGCCAAGCUGGAGGCUGCGCUGAACGCCACAGGGAAGCCGGAUUAACCCCCGGAAAGAUGCAGAGCGACGCACAGUCUCCGUGCAGGCGUGCUUCGGGACAGGGGACACGGCGAGUAUAGCCAACCUUCAAAGCUGAAGAGUUCUGUUUCUGCACCGGAAACAGAACGUACCUGAAGCACUGAACCCAUUGAGCUAAGGCAGGCCAGGCCUUGCCUCCAUCUUGUAUCUUCGCUUGCACAGCUGCCAAGUUUGUUGGACAAUCGUGAAGGUUAUUUAUUAACGAGCUGCUCGGAUGCACUGUAGUGGUGGUGAGAUCUCCCUGCGCUUACCUCGUAUAUAAUGCAUUUAUGACGGUAGUUCUAAUACCCCAGCCUUCACAGGCUGAUGCCUUACAAUAUGUGGCUUCGUUGUCCUGCUUGUGUAGACACUGAGUAGCCACGCGAUGACCGUGGUCAAUCUGAAAACCCUUCGGCCUUCCCUUCAAACUGAGAAUGGCAAAGGAAUACCCUACUGAACCAUCUGUUCCUCAUAUAUAUGCAGUGCCAAAUGACUUUUAUUGUUGCAAUACAUAUGUUAAAGGAUACUAAGUUAUGUGUAAACAUUAUUUAAGAGCUUUCCGGCAGGAUAGGAAGAAAUUGCAGGGUUAGAAUGCGUGAGACAUUAUGUAGCACGAAGGGUGGGGAGGUGAGAGGUGGGUCAAAGGAAGUGGGCGGGUUAAAUACUGUGUAAAGAAAGUGCUCUGGGGGUCAUGGAGAAAAUAUAUUGAAGAGCUCACAAAUCAAAGUAAAAUUUAUUUUACUUUGCUGAAUAGUAGCUAUGGAUUGGUUGUUAUGUAAGCAGUGCACACAACACUGGAGGAACUCAGCAGAUCAGGUAGUGUCUUUGGAAGGAAAUGUAUCUCCCAAAAGAUUGACUGUCCGUUUCCCUCCAUUGAUGCUCCCUGAUCUGCUGCAUUGCCUCAGAUUCCAUCCCCUCGCGUCUCCUGGACAUGUCGGCUCCUUGUUGCACUGGGACUAAGUUGGAAAGAAGUUUAGAUUUGGAGGAAGGAGUUCUGCUUGUGUGAUGUGGCAGGUCAGAAAAGUUUUAAAGCAGGCUUCAGCCGUGCAUGGAUUGCACUCUUGAGGGCCACGUUCUCAUGCCUGCGGCUGCUGAUCGGCUGAUGGUAGUUGGCUCAGAUUGGCGCGGUGGGAACUUGACAUUGGCUCCAGGAAGGGCCUCUUGGCCUUUGGUGUUUUGGGGUCCUUGCAGACAUGGCAUCACCCAGGCAGACUGCUCAUUACUCGCAGCGAGAACAGGUGACGGUCCAGUCCAGCAGCUCUUGUCCACAAGGAGAAUAAAACAGGCCCUUGGGCUCUUCGAAGGUCUGAGAGUUCUCACACCCCAAGUUUGUUGCCAAAUCCCACCACUGUCUGUGUGGAGUAUGCACAUCCUCCCUGUGCCUGUGUCCUCCAGUAUCCUCCCAGCUUUCCCAACCCAGUGCCAGUAAUUGGCUGCUGUGAAUUGCCCCCAGUGUGAGUGAGUGGCAGGAACAACAAGAGGGGAGUUGAUGGACAUGGGGAGAGAAUAAAAUGCAUGACGCAGAAAAUCAGAUGAGGGGUGACAGAGCUGAUGGGAUUGUUCUGCUGGGAAAUGGCAUUGACUCAAUGGGCCAAAUGACUUCAUAUGUCAUGAAGAAGACCAGAGCCCACAGACUUAGCAUUUUUCCCUAUUGGCAAGCUGACCCAGGGGCCAUUGAAGAAAAAUGGGAAAAAAGAUGAGCCGCAUUGUGCUUGAAUUAAUUUUGAGAGAGAGAGAAAGAAGAAAGUGAGAGAGAGGGAGAGAAAGUGAAGAGGAGAGAGAGAGUGAGAGGGAGAAUAGGUGAGAAAGUGAGAUGGGAGAGUGAGAAGGGUUUGGGGAGAAGGGGAAGAGAGAGAUGGAGAGGAAAAAGAUGGGGGGAGAGAGGGAGUGGGAGAAAGAGAGAGACAGACAUAGAUAACUCGCCAUGGUGGGUGGCAGGGAAUAAGCAAGAGCCAGGGGUGAAGGAAUGCAACUCUCAGAAGUUGCUUACAGAGAAGAUCACAAGCACGUGCAUUAUGUUGGCCAGAUCUUGAGGCAUUUUGUCACAAUUUAUAAAUUUGGUCAUCUUGAUUUUCCUGUUAUUAGGUGUUGGUUUUGUUUUAAAGUGUAAAAGCUCCCAGUAUAAUAACUUGGUUUUGAUUGGGUUAGUCUUCCCCCUUUCUGACCUCUAACUGUGGCUGGGUUAAUAGACAGGUCUCCGCCGUCACCCUCCCCCACCUGGCUUGAUCUGCCCGUAAUCCUAAAUAUCUCCUGCUUCGCUUUCCCGUCUCACCUUCUACCUCUCGCGCUCUCUGCUCUCCACUCUUUAGUCCCAACACAAAUCGUUGAUAGUUCCUUCCAUCCCAGCAGAUGCUGCUCGACCCGCUGAGUUCCUCCAGCAGAUUGUUUCUUGCAUCUGCUCUCUCUGGUGUCUCCAGAUCUUCUAGUAGAUUCAUCCUCAAGCACCUUGGACAGCAGAUUAUCUUCAUUGAGGUUCAGUCUAUGGGUUUGCCUUGUCUCUGCAUGUUCCAUAGGAUUUUCAUGUAUUCAUUGUCUUCCUGGUGUUUAUUCUGCAAACCCUAUCUGUGUGGGUCUGAUGUUAACCAUCUCACUCAGCCUCUUUGCUGGGACUAAGCACAGGGCUGAUGGGAAUUAGCCAUUAGUUAUUGAUGCCUUUCAAUAAUUCCAGGUCUGUGGUCCUGGGAAUUAGUACAAUCAUUUGACAUUAUGAGUCUCUGAAACCGACACAGGAAAUGGUAUUUUCCCAGACCACGUCCCCCUUCCCUCUAUCUAGAACUUGAUCCCUUUCUCCUCCAUCCCUUUUAAGUGUCUCUUUGAUCUCGUCUGGUUCAGUUGGUUUCCAUUCACACCUUUCUUCUUGGCCACUGUAAUGGUCCUCAUCAUUGGUCUGAAAGCUUGCUGAUGGUGCGGGCAGUUGGGCACACCCAGCGACCCCAGUUAAUUGGAGAGCAUCUCUUCCCAAGCAUUCUCUGGCUGUUCCUCACAAAUCUCCUGGCUAUGUGUCACCUGGUGUAUGCUUUGCCUUCUAUUCUUGACCUGUAUGUCAACUAUCAUUGGGUCUACUCUUGUAUUCCUCUAUCAUGUAAUGGAUGAUCCAUUCUACCAAGCCCAGCCCUGCACUGUUCUUCUUAUCCCAGAGGAGUGCCUCUGCCCAAAGCCCUCCACUAGACUCUUCUCUGGGACAAUGACUCUUGGCUUUGGUCUCUGUCAGGGCUUGGCGCUCUCCACUCUCCUUGGCCAAUUGGACCUACUGGUCAGGGUACCAUUCCUGACAAUUGUGGGAUCUUACCGUGUGUUAAUUUAUCUGCCAUGCUUCCUACUUUACAGCAGUGAACUCGCAUCACAACUGGUCCAUUCAUCGUAGAAUGAUUUUUGACAUCCUGCAAUGGGACGUUCCAAAAAACUUUAUUCUGGGAGAUUUUGGGCUUUAAAAUUGGGAUGUGAAAGGUGCACAGAAAUGCAGUGUGUCUUGUAAGUUUUGGCAACCUAAUGAUCGGGCUUUAACCACCCAUGGUAAUUCAAAGUUAAAAGGAUAAGAAGUUGUUAACCAAUCAGAAUAGUCAUGCUAGUUAUUAAUUAAGCUACACAAGACUUGGAACUGGGCAAGGAACACGCCUGGGGGAGAUUGUCAGAAGCCUGAUCCAAGAUUGUCUUGUCCCACAUUUACAAAGUCAUGAUCCUUUUGUAUAUCCCAAAAAGAAAUGGUCCAUUGAAUUUUAAUGUCUGUAUUACAGCCACUUCCACAGUGUCCUGGGAGUUACCUCCUCUGAUUGGUCCCAGCUCCUGGGAGUCACUUCCUCUGAUUGGUCCCAGCUCCUGGGAGUCGCUUCCUCUGAUUGGCUUGUGGGUAUUGUUUUGCCUAAGUGUCUUACUCAUGAACUGUCCCAGAGCUUCUGGCACCAAGUCCAGGGUUUGUGUAAUCACCUGACACUUAGCUUUGCAAAAGCUCUUAAACCACACUGAACCAGAGUAGAUGAUUAAAAUGCUCAAAUGUGAUCAGGGUGAAUGUUUAUUGGAUUUGUGGUGGCUCUGUCCAUGGUGAGGAGAAAGGUGCAUUACUGAAAAGGCAAGCACGUGAAAUAACUGAUGGUCCCAACUUUGACCACCAACAGCCAUGCACAUGCAGAAUUAAAAUGUGUGUUCUGUCGAAAGCCUCAGCGUCCAUCCCUUUCACAGCAUGCUGUCCAGUCCAUCAGAAUUCUGGCAUCUCUCGUGUGCCUUGCACUCGUUAGAGACCAAAACUCUCUCAACCAAGUGGAGCAGGGUCCUAAUAUCCAGCCCUGAUUCUGAUCUGGUCACCUAACUGAGACAGAGGCUUCAGAUAUGGACAUGGUGGCAAUGUAUCAUCUGAACCAAUGAAUGGGAUGGGAGUGGGUAUGGAAGAUUCCUUGCAUGUUGUGUAUUUUUAAACGGGGAUUUACGCUUUCAAUGGACUUGCCUUGUACUACAGAUUUCUCACCCAGGGUCCCUGUGUUGUGUUUGGGUAUACUGGGCCCUGUGUUGUGUUUGGGUAUACUGGGCCCUGUGUUGUGUUUGGGUAUACUGGGCCCUGUGUUGUGUUUGGGUAUACUGGGCCCUGUGUUGUGUUUGGGUAUACUGGGCCCUGUGGUGUGUUUGGGUAUACUGGGCCCUGUGUUGUGUUUGGGUAUACUGGGCCCUGUGUUGUGUUUGGGUAUACUGGGCCCUGUGUUGUGUUUGGGUAUACUGGGCCCUGUGGUGUGUUUGGGUAUACUGGGCCCUGUGUUGUGUUUGGGUAUACUGGGCCCUGUGUUGUGUUUGGGUAUACUGGGCCCUGUGUUGUGUUCGGGUCUACUGGGCCCUGUGGUGUGUUCGGGUCUACUGGGCCCUGUGGUGUGUUCGGGUCUACUGGGCCCUGUGGUGUGUUCGGGUCUACUGGGCCCUGUGGUGUGUUCGGGUCUACUGGGCCCUGUGGUGUGUUCGGGUCUACUGGGCCCUGUGGUGUGUUCGGGUCUACUGCUUCACUUGACUGGGUGUAAAGUGCCUUGGAGCUUCCAGGGGUUGAAUGACGCUAUUCAAUGUGGAAACUCGCCCUCUUCAAUCCAAAUGAUCCAGUCUUUGCCACAAGUUUUCUGGAAGGAGUUUAGGACCAAAGAUAAUUUGCUCCUUCCCCUUGCUGCUGUUCAAUUAUUAUUUAAUGUGUGGCUACUGUAUUAAUUUUGGAACCUUUCCAAAGAAUGAUUAGUUGCUGUGAAUUGAGAACUUGGUUAUCAAUGGAUCAGUGGGGGAAGAGGGAGGGAGACAAACUUCCAAAGAUUCUUUUCUAAAUUUGUCUAUUUCAGUUUUGUUGGGUAGGGGUGGGGUUUGCAGUAGAAUGGGGAGAUGCUCCUUGUAUAUCAGCCCCCCAGAGAGAGAUAACAAGUGCCUCUGUAGCUGGGACAAGCAGAAGUACAGCUGGGGGUGUGGAAGAUCGGCCUUUAUUGAAGAUCCUCUCUGCAUCACUGAGAACUCUACCCCGUGAGAUGACCCGUUCUUUCGUGCAGCAGAUCUCCAAUUUUUUCAACACUUUUUCUGUGUCCAAAUGGAGUUGCUUUUGUUCGAGGUUUAGCUGGAGGGGUUGGUGGGCAACAGGUGAACACUGUGUCUUCAAGCCCGUUUGGUGGCCCAGGGGUCUGUUGUGGAGCCACAUGGUGAUCACAGGGUAGAGAAUAAAACGAAGAUGGAGGGAAGAGCUGUUGCUGCUCACCGAGUUGCCUUUUUACUGUGUGAUGGCUAGUACCAAAGAAUAAAAUUAGGGCACUUUAGCACAUCAGGGAAUUGUUGCUAAAGCGCAGAAAAAGAAUUGAAACUUGAUGUUUAAUUUAACAGGUGUGUUUUCCAUUUUGUAUUCUUAAUUAAAAAAAAACUGUACCAAGGUUUCAUACUGAGCUGUUCUGGUUCAUGUAGACAUUGUGCAAAAAGUCUUAUUCUAUUUGUUGGGAUGUCUGCCCUCUUGCUCUGAACCGAUUGAGCAGGAGAGUAGUAAUGGGUUCAUAUUCUUUUACUGUGAAUGGUGUUUUCUUAAUAACCCUUUACUUGAACUGUUUGCAUGCUGCUCUGGGAACAUCAAUCAGAGAACAUCCGUGGCGCACGUGCGUCACGUGACACACUACUGGUUCUACUCCAGGGGAGCUGGUCAAGUUUGGAGUUGUGUUUUUACUGUAACUCCCAGCUGCGGUGGAAACUGCGACCAAGACUCCACUGAUGUAAUCAAACACUGAUCAUGUACUGCUGAUCCUCCCAGUCGAAGACAUGAGCUGUAUUAUGUAUCAUUUAAAUCACCAUCACUGCUUUGUCUGCAUAUGCAAGGGUACAAAAAAGUAAUGGUCAUUGGACUUUUAAUCGUGGAUUUGCAUGUGUGAAGAAGCACAAAUUUAAGCAGUGUAUAGGACUGAGUGUUACGGUAUUUAUAUUGAAUAUUGACUGCAAGUGGAAAUUUAUUUUUUAUUAAAGAGGAUUUAUUCUCUUUACUUUUUAAGAUAUUGAAUUUGAAUAAAAUGGCUUUUGUAAGCUGUGGCAUAUUUUAAUAAAGAUCAAAUUGAUGGGAA